CGAUUCUUAAGCUGUCACUUUGGCUUUUUGGAGUGUUAUUAGUUUCGUUAUCCUUUGCAUUGCCGUGUGUAGUCCGUACUCGGGCAGUUUGAUUGCAAAUAUUUUUAUUCUUUCCUUUCCUUGGUAAAAAUGUCCUCGGCAGCUUCUCAGCCAACUCCGGAAGCCCCCCAACCCGAAGAAGUUCCUUGGUGGUUGAAAUAUGCCGGAAGAGGAAUGGGUACCUUUGGAGGAAUCGUGGCCAUGGCGUUGGGAUUAUGGACCUGUAUAUCAUUCUCACCCAUCUGUAUAGUAGCUGGCAUUUGGCAAAUCUUGGCAGGAUUUGUGGUGGUGGUGGCUGAAGCACCCUGUUGCUGCAUGUUUUUGGAUUUUGUUCAAACUUUUACAAAUUUUAUUGAUAGAAGACCUGUAUGGCAUAAGGCGGGCUUCUACAUAUUAAUAUCACUACCUGCAAUGUUCCUUUGUGCUGGCUUGUCAACAUUCCUUGGCAGUGCAAUGUUGUUUGCAACUGGAGUUGUCUAUGGUCUCAUGGCUCUUGGGAAAAAGGCUAGUCGAGGUGAAAUGCUAAACCGUGCCCAAACAGAUUUUUUGGCAACUAAUCUGGUGAAGAACAUGGAAGUCCCUAUUCCCAACCAGUCAGUUCCCUAAGUAAUUAUGGCUAGAUUUAUAAUGGUUUUAUUUAACGUGAUGAGAAAAAUUGACGUGAGGACGCUAUUUGAGUGUGAAUUAGCUCGCUUAGUAACCCUUUAUUAGUGUACUUCACGAAAGUGUCAAGCAUGAAAUGACUUUGUUUGUCAGUUUGUUGUGGCACUAGCAUUCCGAUGUGUGUUUGAUGUGAAUACAGUUGUGUGCAAAACUCAAA